UAUAUCUAAUUAGAAUCAAGUUAUGUCCUCGUUUACGUUUGGUCAAAAAUUGUUCACACCAGUGCCACCCGAAAAAGGUAGUUUUCCCCUCGAUCAUGAAGGCUUCUGCAAACAAGUAAUGGUCAACUAUCUUCGAUGUUUAUUAGAACAUAAUAAUCAAAAUACAAUGUGCAGACAUAUUGCCAAAGAUUAUCUCGGUUGUCGAAUGGAUAAGGAUCUAAUGGCGCGUGAAGAUUGGUCGAAAUUAGGUUUCACUGAUGAAGUUAAGGAAACGUAACAAUUUAACAAAUAUAUUUAACCAUUAAUCAUCAUAAACGUAAUAUCUCUGUCACUGUUUGUAUUCCCAAUGCUGACUUUGUCGAUUAAAAAUAAAGUUAGACAAAUAUUGAGAAUACUACGAUAUAUAAGAUAAGAUUAAAUCUAUUGUUAUCGAACUACGAUAAAUUAUUGCGUGAGUCUUUCUAAGACAAUUAAUGUUUAUGCGUUCUAGAAAUGGAUAGAGUGCAAGUUCAGCCGCAUAUGAUUUGUCAUCACAUUUAGAAAAUUUAAUAUACACGUAUAUAAACUGCCAAUAAAAAAAUAUAAACGUUUAGAAGAAAAAUUGUUGGUAGUGCUUUAGAAGGUUUAAUGAAGUUUAAGAUAAAGUAUAUACCAAAUUGUUACUAAUCAUACUUAGUCUACGUACACCGUUUACGGUAUAACACAUAUUUUUAAA